CUUUCUUUUUGUUUUAUUGAGAACAAGAAAAAAGUUCCUCAUAGUAGUUUUGAAACAUUUUUGUGUCAAGUUACCAGGGCAACAGGCAAAGGCAGAUAAUCUACCGGGUAACUUCUCAGCAAGACAGUUCUGUCUUGCAAGUAAUAAGUGGACCUGAGGCAUCCGUGCAAGAUGAGCUAUCCGUGGAUGCAAUGCACGUGUUCAUAGAUGAAAAUGGGGAAAUUAGGUCCUGUUAUUUAAAGGCUGGCUGUCAGAAGGAAGGAAAUUUUCGACAUCAGCUAUCAAAUUGUGAUUGUAUUUCAAAUGCUCAUGAAAUACAGUUCAGCUCCUCCAGUACUACCACUUCAGAGAGCCAAGAACCGUCUUCCGGGGAUCAAGCAGCGAGUGCGCUUCAGCAGCAGCUCCUACUGAUGGUGGCACGAAGGACCCUUUCGGAAAGCCCACGGCAACCCAGCCAGGACCCUGAAGAUUCUUCAUGUUCUUCAGCACAACGGAAACUGAACAGACAGUUUUACAGAUUUAUUAUAUUCCCUGGCAAAUGGAUUAAAGUUUGGUACGAUCGUCUUACUUUGUUGGCCUUGUUGGACAGGACAGAAGAUAUAAAGGAGAAUGUACUUGCUGUCCUUCUAGUAGUUCUUGUUUCACUUCUUGGAUUCCUGACUCUGAAUCAAGGCUUCUGUAAAGACAUUUGGGUUCUGUUGUUCUGUCUUGUCAUGGCCAGCUGCCAGUAUUCCCUCCUAAAGAGUGUUCAGCCUGAUCCUGCUUCACCAAUACAU